AUGGGAGGCUAUGUUUAUGUGGAUGGCAUAUUAGUUCCCAUUAGCAUCUUCUUCACAAUAGGCUACCAUGCUUACUUGUGGCACAACCUCAAGCACAGACCCUAUGCAACUUCCAUCGGCCUCAACAUGCUCAAACGCCGCGCAUGGCUACGACAACUCAAUCAGGCCAAUGACAAGAAGGGCAUGCUUGCAGUACAGAGCUUGAGAAACACGCUCAUGUUUGCCAUUUUAAUGGCAACAGUGACCAUCCUCGUCACACUCUCCUUGGGAGCUCUCGCCAACAAUGCCUUCAAUAAUGCGGGCCGAUUCCUGUCCUUGGGGUCAGAGUCGGGCCGGAUGAUGGCCCUCAAAUACGGGUCGGCCUCUCUAUUCUUGGCGGCCAGCUUUCUGUGCAGCUCCUUGGCGGUGGCCUUUCUGGUGGAUGCGAAUUUUCUGAUUAACGCAAUUGGGGAGUUUUCUCCUGCUGCAGGCUACACGGAUACGGUGGUCGAGAGAGGCUUCGUGCUGGCGGUGGUGGGGAAUAGACUGCUCUGCCUCGCUUUCCCUCUCCUCUUGUGGCUCUUUGGGCCUUUGCCCGUUGCUGUCUCGUCUUUGCUCUUGGUGUCGGCUCUUUACAACCUCGAUUUUCUUCCCAACAAUCACAUUGUUGAUCAGAAUUGA